CUGUCUUGGCGGGAAUUUUGUGCACCCGAAAACAUGGACGUGGCGAUGAAUGAGGUAGAUUCUGAGCAAAUUCAAACAGAAGUUCAACUGAAGAAAGAUGAGGCCCCUGCGAAGUUGUCUAGUAGUGGAUAUGAGCUGCCAUGGGUUGAAAAAUACAGACCCUUGAAGUUGAAUGAAAUAGUAGGCAACGAGGAGACUGUUAGCAGAUUGGAGGUGUUUGCCAGAGAGGGAAAUGUGCCGAACAUCAUUAUUGCAGGUCCCCCCGGUACAGGAAAGACCACCAGUAUUCUGUGUUUGGCGCGAGCUCUUCUGGGCCCAGCCAUGAAAGAUGCUGUCCUGGAACUGAACGCCUCCAAUGACAGAGGUAUUGAUGUAGUUCGAAACAAGAUCAAGAUGUUUGCCCAGCAGAAAGUCACCCUCCCUAAAGGGAGACACAAGAUCAUCAUCCUGGAUGAGGCUGACAGUAUGACAGACGGAGCCCAGCAGGCCUUGAGGAGGACCAUGGAGAUAUACUCUAAAACCACACGCUUCGCUCUGGCAUGCAACGCCUCCGACAAGAUCAUUGAGCCCAUCCAGUCACGUUGUGCAGUCCUGCGCUACACCAAGCUGAGGGACGAGCAGAUCAUGAUGCGUCUGCUGGAGGUGGUGGAGAGGGAGAGCCUGGUCACCAGCAACGACGGCCUGGAGGCCAUCAUCUUCACCGCCCAGGGAGACAUGAGACAGGCGCUGAAUAACCUACAGUCCACAAAUUCUGGGUUUGGCUACAUUAACAGUGAGAAUGUGUUCAAGGUGUGUGAUGAGCCACACCCCCUGUUGGUGAAAAGCAUGCUCGAACACUGUGUCAAUGCAAACAUUGAUGAGGCUUACAAGAUUAUUGAGCAGCUGUGGGCCCUGGGUUACUCCCCUGAGGACAUCAUCGGUAACAUCUUCAGAGUGUGUAAGACUUUCCAGAUGCCGGAGUAUCUCAAGCUGGAGUUCAUAAAGGAGAUAGGCUACACCCACAUGAAGGUGGCAGAGGGCGUGAACUCCCUGCUGCAGAUGGCAGGCCUCCUGGGUCGACUGUGCAGCAAGACGGCCACCCCGGAUACCAGCUAACACCCCACCCACGCUGCCACCCAUCUCAGCACUGUCUCUCCUCCCACCUGUCUGUCUCUCCGGGGUUGUGUUCAUUAGGGGGAACAAAACACUUUCUACGAAAUGCAAAUUUACAUUUUUCGUUAUUGUCCUUCCAUGUUUGGCUGGUUUCUUCUGUUUCGUUCAUAAUGUACACGACUUUGCUUCAAAAACUCUGACUACGAGUCCUGGGGAGUUUUCUGUUUAGACAUUUCUGGAUGAAAUACAUUUUGUAUUUUAUACAAGUUAGUUCAUGUAAAUACUAUUGUAAGUCACUUCUGUAAUAAAUCAGUGUUGUAAUUAUGACUUAUUGGAAUAUAAAGAGGUUGUAAACUUAAGUUUUGAAUUAAGGAUUUAUUAGUACAGACUGACAUGUUAUCUAGAUUUUAACUGUUUCUGAGCUCUUUUAUUCAUUUUGUAACACUCCAACAAUCAAAGUACUGUACAUGGUUCCCCUACAUUUUUAGACUCAAGGGAAUUCAUUAUGAAGUAGUAACACUGUUUGGGUGUUUACCCUUAUGGCAUUGCUCUGGUAUAGCACAUUGACAUUUGUAUCACUUAGCAUUUAUCCAAGCAUCUCAACAAAGAUGGUAAGAACAUUCCAUUCCCAUUGUCAUCUACUCGUUGAGCAUGUAGUUUCCAUAUCAUGCCGUUUUGUUGACAUAAACUGGUUCAUCUGUGACGAAUAAAAGUAAAUUCCUAGUUAGUUACAUGUAAGCAAUCAUUUAGCACAGUGUUUCUCCAACUCCAGCCCUUGAGUAUCUCCAACAGUACACAUUUUGUUGUAUCCCCAGCCAAAAACACUUGAUUUAACAAGUAGAAUCAGGUGUGCUUGUCUGGGGCCACAACAAAUAUGUACUUUUGGGGGUACUGGAGGACCGGAGUUUGGAAAUGUGGAUUUAGCAGACGAUCUUAUCCAAAGUGAUUUACAAUUAGUGCA